GCAAAAGUAGGAAAAAUGAGAAAAGAAAACUCCAAGAAGUGAGCGAAGGUUGCAGUAGACGAGAGAACAAAAAGCACUAUUUUGCUCGAUCUGUCCCAGCUCAACGUGAAGUACAGUGGAGUAGUCGAAGAAGAGGAAGAGAUAGGAACUUGAGGGAGAGGAGUAAAGGUUAAAGCUUUCUGCUUCUGCCCGAAUCAAGCCGGCUCCCGCUGCUCCAAGGUCGGCACCAACCUCCCGUUCUCUUUCUGCUUCGCCGUCGACCUUUCCGUUAUGAUUGGCAUCUCUUCUCCGUCGCUCUCUGUUUUAUUGAUCCGUCUUGCUUGGAUUCGUCGCGGGUCUGGUGCGAUCCGCUUUGCUAAAUUGCGAGUUCCUAGAUCGCAGAUCGGAGAGAGGAUUGAGCAACGGAAACAUUGAAAGUUAGAUGUUUCCAUAUGGUUCUGUAUUCUAAUUAUUUCCCUUUGUUUUGGGUUGUCGUUAGAAAUCUGUUUUCAAGAUUGCAUCUUUGGCGCGGAGGCUUACUUUUCCAGUUUUCCUGAGGGUAUUGGUCGUGGAAAAUGACAUUUGUGCUUUCUUUGCUGUCUCUGAAUAGUUUGGAAUUAUGUGAAGCUCUGGUUGCAAGUAAGAGAAGGUUCAAAUCCUAGUCCUUAUUCAAAUCUAGAUAGAUUUAAGAGCUGUCGACGAGGGUUUGAUCUACUCGACUUGGUUCUUAUUCUAAGGAACCUUUUGAAGAUGCCGCAGCCUCCAAUGCUGCAGCCGCAGAUACCGCUGAUGGCAGCACCAGUGCCGAGGCAUUCGAGUAAUCUUGGUGACCUGAAAUCGCAGAUAUUCAAGCGGCUUGGUCAGGAGCAGGCGCAACAGUACUUCAGCUAUUUGAAUCAUUUUCUGUUACAAAAGCUGAGCAAGCGAGAGUUUAACAAGCUUUGCAUUUUGACACUUGGCCAUGAGAAUAUACCUUUGCACAAUCAGUUAAUUCGUUUGAUCUUUCACAAUGCCUGUCAUGCCAAAGAACGUAGUUAUGAUAAGUUCCCACAAAUUUUGUUAAUGAAGAAAUCAUCUCAAGUAGAUGAUAUACUUGCUUUUUCACAAGAUCCAAAUGCAAAGCAGCAAACUGCGUUUGAUUGUGAUAUGUUGCAGAAACUGCCCCACAAGAUCAGUCAUGGAACCGAAAAUUAUUGGAUCAAAGAUCACUCCAGUAACCUUGGACAAAAUGGGAUGGUGGAAAUCUCGGAUGUCGCGGUUUUCAGUGAGAAUGGCGAUUCAAAAGGAUCAAUGCAGAAGCAAUAUUGUGGGGCUUAUGAGCUUCCACCAAAGAGAGCAAGAAUCCAACAAACAUCUCUAAGGAAACAGGUUUCCUUAGACAGGAAGUUUAUUGCUGGAGUAGUUCCCUUGGUACAUAAACAUGGCAAGAACUACAGAAUUGAUAUGGAUUUUUUUAAGGCGCCAAUUCAAGCUCCACUUGGAAUUCAUUUAUGUUCAGAAAGGAUUGGUGGGGCUAAAAGGUCACGGUUUUCAUCAGGUAGUGGUACAUGUAAUAGCUUUUGUAGUAGUUAUGAUUAUAGUGCACUGUAUCCAACUGAGGCAUUGAAGAAGAGAAUUGAGAAAAUAACUCAGGCACAGGGCUUGGAACGAGUCACACUGGACUGUGCCAACUUGUUGAAUAUGGCAUUGGAUGCAUAUUUGAAGCGGCUGAUUAGGUCAUGCGUUGAGCUAGUAGGAGAAAGAAAUAGUCAUUUACCUGUAAAGCAGCAAAUUCACAAUCUGCCUCCUCAUUCAAUGUCUUAUUCUAGUGGUCGGGUAGGAAAUAACACCCAAGUACAAGGUAGCAUUGGGGCUUCAGAAGGCAAACAUGUGUUGAAUAUGCUGGACUUUAAGGUAGUGAUGGAGCUAAACCCACAACUACUUGGGGAGGAUUGGCCCUUGCUCCUUGAGAAAUUUUGUCUUCAUUAAUUUGAGUAGAAGGAAUGCAUAUAUAUUCUGUGUUCUGCCAAAGUAUUUACUUCUGGUUGUGCUCAACUGCUAGGACAGUCUAUCCGGGACUGUAAUUUUCCAAUUCAAGCUACUCAGUUAAAAUCUAUGCCUUGUAGCUAGGCUUCAUGGGGAUCUGACAAGAAGAAUUCUGCAAGAUCCUUCUAUGGAGAACUUGAAAUAAUAACACAUUCUUUAUGCAGCCUGUUCCAAGGGAUGGAUCUCUGAUUGGCUUAUUUUUUUAGUUCAUCAUCCUUGAUGUCAUAACCUUUUGACAGUAGCACAAACAAGGUAUCCAGUUCAUAUAAUAAACAUCAUUGAAAACUCUGAAGAGGGUUCUGCUGUAACAUCUUUUUUUUCUGAAUUUUAUACAAUCAUUUUUUGUAAGCUUACUAGCUCAAAAAUAUUUUAUUAUCAAAUUGGUUAUUAUUAUUUUUUUUUUCAAAUUUUGAAUUAUCAUUUGAUUGAUUCUGGAUUUAUCACUCUAGUCCUGAGUUUGAUGGUUAAUUCCCAUGUUCAUGUGCAUUUCUUAUGGUAGUUAUUUAUUGUAGUUAUGUGAGCAUAAUCACCAUUUGCUAAUAGAACUUUUCUUGAUUACUUCAAAUUUUCAUUACUUAUGUUCUUGUUGCUUCAAUAUAAGUUGCUGUCACUGAAUUAAGUUGCAACUGUGGUUUGAGUAACUGUUUCAUAUCUUGCUAAUACAAAGAAAAAGUUUAUUCAGCUGGUCAUAUCACUCCUGGAAAAGCAAAUAAUUUUGCUGCAGCACCAGUAAAUUGAUGUUUCCAAGGGAAGUCCUUUUAAUAAGCUCCCAUCAGCUACAAUUUUCUUUCUGAUACAUGCUAUAUGACACUUUCUUAUGCUACCAAAUUGAUGUUUCCAAGGGAAGUCCUUUUAAUAAGCUCCCAUCAGCUACAAUUUUCUUUCUGAUACAUGCUAUAUGACACUUUCUUAUGCUACCAAAUAGUAUCAUAGAUUUUACUAGCUAAGUUCUCGAUUUCUCAUUACAGUAGGAACCGAUCCAGAGUCAACUUCAACAACAUCUGACCUCUUGCAAUUUGAUUCUCUAUGUGCUGCAAGGUUCUCUUUGUCUAUCCAACAAGCUUAGAUAGCUUAUUUAGGUUAAGUCAGGCACUCUACUUUUGUUUGUAUGGAAACCUUUAGUGUUUUAAUAUAUAGCAAUUUAGUAAUUCAGGUUUCAUGUUUGAACACAAUGCAAAUCUUAAAAGAGUGUCAAUCUUCUUUCUGUUCACCUCCACUUCGCAAUAGCUGACUUACCUAGAGCAAUGAUCUCUUCGAUAAAUCUUAACUAACUAAAUAGAUUAAGCUUCUUUUGCAUGCUAUGUAAAAUCUUGUCUUUAUCCAUUCACCCAAGUUUUGCUGUGGUUUGUUAGCAUAUGCAUUAUCACUGGAGAAUGCCAUCAGUUUACAAAUUAAGAGGUGUGACUCAGAAAUUCUUCCAACUUUAUAUUGGUUGAUUUCUACAAACCAUCUCUUGAAUCUCAAAGUAUACAGCUUGGAGUCUAUCCUUCUCAGUUCUUACUCCCUUUAGGCUUUAACAUGUCUACUUUCGAUACUCGUUCUUCCUUCUAAUCCUUCUUUUUGUUGCUGCUAAGCUCCCCAGUUAGGUUUUAUAUACUUGUACACUAUAUAGUUACUACUUAUAAGAUCUAAAAAUUUCAUUAAAAAAAAGGAAACUGGAAAGCUGACCCAUACAAAAGAACCAACUAAAAAAUUUUGGGUUUUAAGAUUUUUGAUAUAAUUAGGUCUGAUUCAAGUUCAGGGAUCUUUGAAUACCCAUAUGAAAUCAGUUGUUGGAUAUUCUUAAAACCUGACUCGAGUCGUCAUGCCCUCCCUUACACUUAGAGAUAAUGUAUCUCAUGGUUUUCACUGCAAAGAAAUGUCUAAAAUUAAUACCUUCACCUGAUUAUUUGCGUACUGUUUUCAGAUACAGUUGCCAUUGCCCUCUAAUAUGAAUGCUAGGAAGAUGAAGCACAAAGGUUGUGACAAAUGUGAGUCUUUUAUCCUUCUGACAUGCACGGUCAAAUUAGGAUAAUGGCAAUCUUUCUGUUGGUCCAGAUGUGAAAUCAGAAGAAAAGGGGAAUGAACCAGUUGGGUGAUAGGAAAGGGGAUUCCACGGUGUAGAAUUGUGUGCAUCUUGGAAAGAUCCUUAUUUCAUUUAGGCAGAGUUAAAAGUGGUUAAUAAUAUUGGGAUUGAUCUGGCAACAGAAUCUUUUGGACAUUGUUUUUGGUUGUUGUUUCGAUUGUGAUGAGUUACCUAUCCAAUAUGCUUUUCCACCAUGGAUAGCUACUCUGAAAGUGCAAACAAGUUUUUUUCAUUCACCAUGUCCAUUAACAUUGUUUCUCAAUUUUAGGUGCUAUUACACAGUUUUGUAGCUUAAACAGCAUAAUUGGUCUUCUUACAACUACGCAGGAUUUCCAGAUUUAUGUAUAGCAUUGUUUGAUUGAUUCUUUUUUAUGCUAACUGUUCUAUAUACUUAUGCUGACAUCAUAAAAUUCCACUUCUAUAUUUUCUGAAAAGCUUAUUUUCCAUUCGAUGUAAAAUAUCUGCUUCGAUCUAACAUGUUUCUUCUAUUAACAUGUUAAUUUUCUCUGAAAUCAUGUUUUGUUUCUUUAAGAUUCAUUUCUUGCAGUUUCAUGGGACUAGUUAGAGUAAGUAUCUGCAGCAGUGUUUAAUUAGGUCAUUUAGUUGCUAAAUGUUUAUGUACGACAUCUGAUAAAAUACCAUUUUAUUCUGUUGGAAAAGCUGUUUCUAUUCAAUGCUCCAUGUCUGCUUGUAUUUAACAUGUUGCAAUUAUGAACAAGUUUGUAAACUAUUUAUAUGUUCUCUUUCCUCGAAACUUUUUUUUCCUUUUUCCUAGAUUCAUUUCUUGGCCUUUUUUUUGUGAUAAAAUGGUGUAACUGAAACAUUAUACCAUGAUAGAUUAUUUUUCUUGACCUGCUAAUGCUUCCUGCAUUCAAAUAAUCAGGAGGUAUAUGUAUUUUCCUUGUUUUAUUUCCCAUUGAAGUUUGUCUUGAAAGUUAGGUCUUGACGGAGAAUUUGCUCUCCAUCAAUCUGCAGUUUGGUGGAUAACUCUUAAUGCUCCAAUGAGACUUUCUCAUCAGAAAGCCUCCAUUGGUGCAUCCAGCUCUUUGAUGUAACAACAAAUACCACUCUUUGGCUUCCACCAGCCACUUAACCAACAAUGAGCAGAAGGUAGGCCUGACCACCAUCCGCCAUUCAAUAUGGCAGCACAUGAAGAGUAGUCAAAAUGAACUAACCUACAAAUGCAAAUUUUGUCAAAUUCAUCAAGCAUCGUACUUGAGGCAAUUUCAUCACCAGCUAGCGUCAACCCAGUGUAUAUUCACAACCUCUUAAGCAAAUUACUUUUGUUUAAUUUUGCUUCUUUAAUUUAAUUACUUGUUCACAAGAAAAACCUUUCAUGUUAUCUUAGCUCAAAUAAUCAUAUUAGCUCUCUUAGCUGCAUCACAGUUGAACAAUAUCAUUUUGUGCUCUAUUUUUCAGUAAAAGUAUUCUUAUAAUUUCUUUAAUUUUUAUUAAUAUUUCGUCUAUAUUAAAUAUCAUGAGGAAAUAAUAAUACCAAUAAAAUUAGAAGGUUGGUUAGCUUUAAUUAGAUGAUAUAAUUAGUCACUAUUCCAAAGGUUAGUAGCCGUCCGUAAUUUACCUUCUCCGUGUUGGCCCUGGGAUGGGUUGGCGGGGGCGUUGGGGGGCGAGCGUAUUCGUCUUUUGCCACCAGAAGGUUUGUUAGAAAGAGUCUUCACAAGUUACACCACCACUGGUGUCAAAGCUAACAAGAACAUCACGUACCCCUAAUGCACAUUUUGAAUCACAAUUGAGCAAUAGUCUUAGAAAAACUUCAUGUAAAUUCUCUAGACAUUAUAACAAAAUUACGGGGCCAAUAUUAUAGAAGACUUAAUAAUUUUGAGGAGAUCAGAAAGCAUAUUGUUGGACCCAAAGUUCCUAGAUUUAAUGGUAAACUAGAUCCAUAGUCUAUCAAGUAUACAGAAGACUCAUUUGACUGUAUGACAUAGCUCAAUUUGAGAAAUUUAUGCUUGUAGGAACAGUUUGAGAAUUUUAACGAGGUCUGCAAUACAACUUAGAAGCAUGCAUUAGCCUUAGAUGAACCAUAUGGGUCGACAUUAUCCAUAAUACUAAUUGUUUAGUAAGAAAAUGGUCCAAAGUAGGAGAAUGUGCAAAUAAAAAUAAAUCAACUCAUCAGAGAACCAGACCAAAUGAUAACAUUUUAUUUAAUUUAAAAUGAGCUACUUUGUCUGAGUGUUUUAGGCUUGGUAGAAUUGUCUACUUUUUCAAAGAAAAACGCAUAUGAAAAGAAAAAAAAGAUAAAAUAUGGCAGAGAGUUUGAGAAAUGUGAUAUGGAUAUCAAAAAAUUAGUUAUUUUUACUAAUAGUUGUAUAAUCUAAUAAUCAACAAGUUAAACUUGAAAGAACUUUUAUGGUUAGAUAUAUGUAAUAAUAUCAUCAGAAAUUAUAAUAGCCUGAGAUAGUGUGACACAUGCUAACUAUUUAUUUCCUCGGCAAGUUGUGACUACUUGAAGCAGAUGAUAAGUCGGCUCCUGCUACUGGCGAAAGUAUGGUUGUGGAUGGUUUUCAUGUUGUAUCCCAACAUCAGGAGAUGCUGCCGCCAUUUCUCGUAACUUGAAGGUAUGAUGUUUUCAUAGCCGGAGACGAGCUGCUAUUUCUUGAAACUUGCAGAUAUCUCUCGUUGCCGUUUUACAUUCCAUUCGGACAGUGUGGGCGGCUCAUUCUGGCGUGACUUUGGGUCGUGGAGGACUGUUGCGUGAUGUCUCCCCUGUCAAGGCGACCAUCGCUACAGCACACAACAAUGUAGAGAGCCGUAGAGGCAAGAACAGAUAGAGGAGAGUGUUCAAAACGGCACGUUUGUGAAAGCGGUCUCCCCUUUCAAAAUGAUGUCAACUUUACUUUAGAUAACAGUUUGUUGUCAGCAACAUAAAUGCUUAUUAUGUCUAAGUUAUCGCACACCUUUUACACUCGUAAUGUUUUGUAGCUUAACAUUUAUUGACUAAAUCCCAAUAGCUAAUUUUUUGUUGGAUUUUA